GACGUAUUUGUUUCUUCCGGUCAGGCUUUUGGUAGUUGGAUCACGAUUCCGUGAGCUCUGUCCUGCCGUGAUUGCACGAUGGCAGCUUCAGAUUCGGGUACCUCGUUGGUCGCCCAGAAACCCGGAUCUACCGCCUUAGUCGUACCUAAGGAAUCCUUAAAUGAGGCGGAAAAGAGGAGGCCAAAGAAAAAGGUCCUGUCCGAAGAGACGUAUAUAGAGAACCUGCAAAAAAUAAUUCAGCGAGAUUUCUUCCCUGAUGUGGAGAAGCUACAGGCUCAAAAGGAAUAUCUAGAAGCGGAAGAGUGUGGUGACCUGGAGAAGAUGAGGCAGAUAGCUAUUAAAUUUGACACCUCUUCAUUUAAAUCCUCCCAGGAAACUCCACUUCCUUAUGUCACUCCAGCCACAUUUGAAACUCCCAGUGGGGCACCUUGUACUCCAUCCAUCGCAGCUAAAUGCACAGUGAGCGAUGAAGGGGAUGUUGAGAAAACAGAAGAGGAAGCAGAUGAUCUUCCUGGUCUAGACCGCUUCUUGGCAAAACAUACGAGUGAGGACAAUGCUUCCUUCGAACAGAUCAUGGAGGUGGCAAAGGAGAAGGAGCGGAGUCGGAAUGCAUGGCUUUAUGAAGCGGAGGAGGAGUACAAACAACGGCAACUGCAGAGUUUGGCUCUACCAUCAGUCGAGAAGCAAGCUAUAGAGUGUGGGAAAGCAGGACUGGACACCUGGGAGUAUAAGGCACACAAUUCUCUCAUGUACUAUCCUACAGGUGUUCCUGAUAAUGACUUAUUAUUCAAAAAACCAAGAGAAGUUCUGCAUAGAAACACACGCUUUCACAAAGACCCCUUCAGCCAGGCCCUGAGCAAGACUCAGCUCCAGCAGGCAGCAGCCUUAAACGCGCAGUACAAACAAGGGAAAGUAGGCCCGGACGGGAAGGAGCUCAUUCCGACGGAGUCCCCAAAAGUUAAUGGCUUUGGAUUUGUUGCAACACCCUCUCCAGCUCCAGGAAUUAAUGAGUCCCCGCUGAUGACAUGGGGUGAAGUUGAGAGCACUCCUUUCCGUUUGGAUGGAUCGGAAACUCCAUAUUUGGAGAAGACUCCGGGCCCAUCGUUUAAGAUUCUGGAACCAGGCCGCAGGGAACGUUUGGGUCUGAAAAUGGCAAACGAAGCAGCAGCGAAAAACAGAUCAAAGAAGCAGGAAGCCUUAAGGAAGGUCACAGAAAACUUGGCAAGCCUUACUCCCAAAGGACUGGCCCCUUCGCUGUCUCCUGCUCUGCAGCGUUUGGUGAACAGGACUUCUAGUAAAUAUACGGACAAAGCUCUGAGAGCCAGCUAUACGCCAUCUCCUGCACACAUGGGCACCCCGGGCUACAAGACUCCAGGAGGCCUUAGCCACACACCCAAUAUUACACCAACAAAAAGGACUCCGUCCCAAACGCCUGUCGCUCCAGAUAGCACAUCCAUUACAGAUAAUCUGCUGCAUUUACCCAAAAGACGAAAAGCAUCAGACUUUUUCUGAAGGCAAAAUACAAAAUGAACAUUGGUUACACUGUUGUAUAUAGUUUUGACACAGACCGUUUCCCGGAGGCUAAGCCACUGACAAGUUACCAAAUUUUGGGAUGAUCUGGAGAGUGUUUAAAGCAAUAUUACCGACAACUGCUUAGUCCAAACGUCUCACGUUUGAAAUGGUUAAUUAAGAGACUCAAUGUAAUAUCGUAUUUAUGCUGUAUGCUAUUCCAACAUUUCUCUGCUUUUUGUAAUGUUUUAUAAAGUGUCUUUGGAUGUCACCGACAAGACUGAAAUUUCCUAAAUUGCACGAUGUUUAUUCAGCAUCCAUUUAUCUAUAAGAUGAGGCUGAAUAUAACUCUACCAACCAAAUAAACAAAAUGUGUUUGGUUCAUACAAGGAUACUUGGUACGUAACUGUUUCAAAAA